AGCACUCAUUGGAGAGGAGGGAGGAGCCGAGUAGUGUGGGCUGUAGUGAGGCGCAGUCACAGGAGGGGGCGCUGUUUGGUCAGUGAAGGAAUGUGCAACUAGUCGGGCAGAGCUGUCAGUGGCGACACAGAGGUGAGGAGCCCAGGCUGGGAUUACUGAGAGCCGGGAGUACGGAAAGCAUUUGGGAGGCACAGGGAGCCGGUUCCGGGAGGAUCAGUGAAUGUUUUAGGAUAUACAUGUGUACAGGGCUUUGUGCCCCCUCUCUCCUGUGAAAUGCCCCGUUCGCUUUCACUCCUCCUACUGCUCCUGAAACUCGUGGCCAUGACACCCUCCCGGAGCCCUCCGAGUUGCCACGAAGUGCGAACGGCUUUCCAGCUGCAGCAGGUCGGAAGGGGACGCCUGGUACCCGAAGUACCUGUGGAGGAGUCUGAUCUGGAGAUCUGCCAGCACAAAGCCCCUACCUGCUGUACCAGGAAGAUGGAGGAGAGCUACCAGGCUGCUGUGAGAAGAGAAAUUGCGCAUAACAUCCAAGCACUGAACUUUGAGAUCAAAUUUAUGAUUGUCUCACACAAGUCUAAUUUCAAAGAGGGUUUCACCCAUUUGAUUGAUCUUGCCGUAAACCACACACUCUCCUUAUUUGAUAGUAACUUCUGGCUUUUGGAGCAAGAAGCAAGGGAUCCAGUAAGAGAACUGUUUACUGAUAUCUCUCUUUAUGUACUUGGAGAAGAGAUACCUGUUGAUGCCGCUGUCUCACGUUUUUUUGAUGCCCUUUUUCCCCUGGUUUAUAAGCAUCUUAUAAAUCCGAAGAUGGCACCCCUUCCAAAAGAACACUUGGAGUGUCUACGCCUGACACGGCAGGAUAUUAAUCCCUUUGGGCCUUACUCUCAGACAAUGGCUACUGGGCUUUCUAAGUCACUCUGGGUUAGCAGGAUGAUGAAUCAGGCACUAAACAUGGUGGAACAUGUCAUCAAUGGCACAGAACAGACGGUCAUGACACGGGAGUGCGCACAAGCAUUGGUGAAAAUGCAGUACUGCCCUCACUGCCAAGGUCUUACUCUUAUUCGACCCUGUGUGGGCUAUUGUCUCAAUGUUAUGAGAGGAUGCCUUGCUUCUCUGACAGAAUUGGAUGCUCCUUGGAGGGACUUUAUCUCCUUACUGGAGCACCUUGCACGGCAGUUGACUGGGUCAUAUGACUUGGAGCUGUCACUUUUGGGGAUCAGGGAAGGGGUGAAAGGAUCCAUCCAGUAUGCAGAGAUGCAUGGAUCCAACAUUUCAUCUGUGGUAGAGAAGGUCUGUGGACCACUACAGGAGAUUCCUGCCAAACCCUCCCCACAUGUCAUUGUACAGAUGAAUAUGGAAGAUGAACUACCCCAAGUAACAACAUUUCCAGCUUUUGGUCACCUGAGAAGUUCUCUGCCUUUGAAAGCUGCGAAGAAUGACAGACCUCGUAAUAUGAAGAGAGUCUCUCGAGAAUUUAUCAAGUAUAUGGAAAAUUCGAAAGCAUUUUAUGCCACGUUGGCAGAGCGGUUGUGCAGCGGGGAUCUAGCAGUAAGAGAUGGAUCCACUUGCUGGGAUGGAGAAGAUGUGGUGGAAAGUUAUGCAAACGUAGUCGUCUCCAAUGAUUUCAAAGCUCAAGCAAACAACCCUGUAGUGAAGGUCAGAGGGAGAAAUGUUCUUAUCACCAAUGUAAUCAACAGACUGAAUCAUUUCAUCCAGACCGGUUCCCAAAAGCAGAUUAAGCCUGACAAGAAUCGGAUCAGGGAAGGGAGUGGAGGAAAACUGGAAGACACGGAUCCCAGCGGUGACUGUGAUGAUGAAGAUGGAUGCCAAGGUUCUGGGGGUUCUUCUACGCACACAGGCACAAAACUGAUACCUGAAGUCUCACGAAAAGGCAAUGGCACAGUGCAUGUUCUCCUUCCUCAUCCAGGUGCCACCAAGAUAUCCCAUAAACAGAAGAACCUACCAGACACGGGUAGCAGGUUGACAUUGUCUUCAGCUCUACCUUUGGCUGCCUUAUUAUUCAUAUGUCGGUAUAUCUAAUGGCUUUCUAGUGCUGCAGCUACCUUUUAAGAAUGUGUUCAUAAUCCUUUGAAGCCUUAUUGAAGAAACAGAGGGCUGAAACCAAUAGAUGAAUCUGGUGGUAUUUGACUUUGUGUCUCUGUCGCCUUAAACUGAGAAGGAGGAACUUGCAAAGAAGAUACAUGUGCUGGGGGCAGAAUGGACUAUGGAGACUGUCUAUGGAGUAGUCCACAAGCAGUCUAGAAGCAAAUCUUACUUUACAAGUGAAUGGAUCCUCAACUCGAUUUGUAAUAUGCAAGUGAAACUUGGACAGAUAUGGUGGGAAUAGAGAUGUUCAAACCAACACCAUCUUCUGAACCAGAAGACCCAUACGUGUCUUUGCACUUUAGAAGCCACUAAACCAAGCUGUGCUUCAUAUAAUUCAAUACCUCUCAACAUCUAGUAAAAAAAUCACACAGAUGAUUGUCAACUUUUUAUCGUUCACCAAAUAUUUGUAUACUUCUCAAAGUAUUUUUUGUUUUUGAACCUGGGCUUGUUAGAUAUCUCAAUUUUUGGAAAUCCGCUAAAGAUUAGCCUGGUUGUGAGGAAGCAAGAAAGGUCUACAGUACUGGUUCAGUAAUGAGAAAGGAACGGACAGUAGACAACUCUGGUUUGCCAUUAACCAAAGACAACAAGGAACUGCUAGACAAAACCUUCUUAAACUGAGGUUUACAUUGGAAGCUAAACGUGCAGCCUUCAGGAGCUGGAAACUGGCUGAUGAAACUGGAAUUUGAGGUUUACAACUGCUAGAGGGUCAAGGUUACAGUUCCCUCUUAUGGCAUUAACUUAAAGGGAUGGCAGUCAUAUGCAUCAAGGUGUUAAGUCAAUUUUAACGAGAAACAGACUUGUGAUAGAGUUCAACCCUUCCUUCAUCAGAACAAAGAGAGAUGUAUCCCCCAGAGGUACUAAACACUAUCACAAGUUAGUCCGUGGCUUGAUACAAUUGGCUAAAUGCCUUGUGAGUGUCAUUCCUGUGGUUACUCAAGAUAAUGCUACAUGGUGAUGCCUAGCCAGACAGCCGAGGAGCAGGAGCUCCUUUGGAUAAACACAGUGCAGGGGAUUUUCUUCUGUAGAGAAUAACUAAAAGAGCCACCAAGCCUAAAAUAAAAGUUGAUCCAUCAGGAAAA